AUGAGACUCGAUGAAAUCCCUGAAGAUAUUCUCCGCAUCAUGCUCGCAUGCGUGAACAUAUACACCGUAUUAUCGAUCAGCCGCACAAAUAGGUUCUUCCAUAGUUUAUCAGGAGACCGCCUCGUCUGGGUUGCCCUUGUUCAAAGUCUCCACCGAAGGGGAUUCGUGAAUACGGAGACUCCCCUUUCCAUCUCACAAAUGACACAACCAGCACUCGUCGACCUCGUCAAACGCAUGGUUCUCGGACCCAAAUGUUGGCGACCGCCCAAACACUCCUCCCUUAGCAAGUCGUUCUCGAAGCUCGCGCUGGGCGGCCAGUCAUCCACCCAGAAGAACGUCGUCGAGCCCUCAAGCCAGCACGUCAUCCAUCCCGACAACGUCAAUCUUUCCAAAAUCAACGAGGCGCGACUCCUUUCGGGUGGAAAAUAUAUUCUGCUCUCCAACAAAGUCCUCGAAUGCUGGAAUUUGGAAGAAGAUCGACUUGUUUGGGCACACGAGCCACCCAGCACGGAUUGGAGCGUCGGCGCUUUUGCAGCCGACGUCUUACACGGAGGAGAGGAAGCCAAUGUCAUUCUAUAUCUAUUCCACUGGAUGCUCGACGGACGGGCUGAGAGUCAAGUCGAGAUCCUGAAGCUUGAGCUCUGCCAGGGUAGUUCGACAACCCUGCUCUGCCAGGCAUAUCCUAUGUCGGCCGAGUCAUAUGGCGUAGAACGCGUAGGCAUAUGUGGGUCACUUGCUUAUGCAAGUGUGAGUCGGUUUCAUCCCGCUGAUGGGUCUUAUGCGAGAACUGCACACACCUUGUAUGAUUGGGACAGCACCUCGAAGCCGUAUCUAGGUCUCAACUCGAACCGGCCAUUCGUCAUUGCUCUCACCGCUCAACAUCUCGUUGCCUUCCUCGAUCCGCCAAACCACGACGGUCCCGAGCUCCGAGUUAUUUCCCUGGCCGGCAUCCGAGGCUCUGGCUAUUGGAGCAGCGCCAUUGAGCCCAACUCAGUCGACAUCACCCAGUUCCCGACGGUGACGUCGACCAACAUCACGUCUGGAAUCACUCCCUCCCCGCCCUGGCUGCGGACGCUCUACGUUCACCAAAGCCCGUUGGACGAAGAUGUAUACCGUAUAUGGGCGCGAUGGAGCGGAUUCGAUGGCAAGGGCGUGCUCUCGGGCUACCACAUGUUCGUGUCGCCAGACGUUGUCCUGCGGCCAAGGAUCGAAUUCGAAAGCCCCACCGAUGUCAGUGGCUCAUACGCGGGCCACGCGUUGAAACGAGCUGACGAAGAAAGGUACCUCGUUUAUGCACCGGGGAAGAACAAGCCGGUUGCCUCGUUGGACCUGCCUGGCGGCACCCCGCUCGCACAUGUAUCGCCCUACAGUGGGUGUGUGACGUACACUGAGCAGGUCGUGCGAGUUCUUAGUUUUACGUAG